AUCUUUAUCCUUUUUCAACAAAUUGAUUGAUUGAUUAAUCGAUUGAUCUCAAUUAUUCAUUUCUUAUCAUUCAUAUGUAUGCAAUAUUUACUGGUAAUCAAUAUCAAUAUAUCGAUUUUAAUGGUGGUAAAAUAUACUGAUCAAAUAACCGUAAUUGUUGGCAAGCAAUAAAUGCAAUUUUAUCCGGAAGUACAAAGAUCAAAAAAAAGAAUGAAAAAAUUUUUUAUUUCAAUUUUUCAACUGUUCAAUUGGAUCGAGAUGUUCGGGUUGAAAUAGAAAAAAGAUGCUAAUGCAAAAUAGUUGAAAAUUUCAACAUCAUCAUUUGUUGAUGAGUAAAACAAAUGACCAGAUUUCAUCGAUAAAAAUUGUUUCAGCAACACACAUUCCAUAAAAAUCAUUCCAUCAUGGAAAAUCAUUCCAUUUUUAAAUCUAAUCGUUGUUGUGUGAUAAUAACCGGUGCAAGUAAAGGAUUCGGUCGUAUUUUGGCUAAAAAAUUUGCCCAUUCUUUUUUCAAUCAAUUCUCAAAUGAUAAAGAAUCGAUUCUGAAAUUUAUAUUAAUCGCACGUAAUGAAAAUGAACUUGAUUCACUUGCCAAUGAGCUUAGAUCAAUUGAUUCAAGAUGUAAUAUGGUGACCAAAAUAGUAACCGAUCUUGCCGAGACAAAAGCAAUCGAUGAUAUAAACAAAGAAUUCGAACAAAAUCUAAAUAAUAACCUGUCCAAACCGUAUGGCCAUUAUAUAUUGAUUCAUAAUGCUGGAUCGAUUGGAAAAACUACUGAACUAUGUGACACAGUCACUGUCAAUGAUGCUGCUAAACGUCAUGUUUAUUAUCGUUUGAAUCUCUAUUCAAUUAUGGAAAUGACCAGUGUUUUUCUUCGUCAAAUCAAAACUCAUCAUUGCCAUAUCAUUAACGUAUCAUCAUUGGCUGCCAUUAAACCGAUGCCAGGAUUGUUGGAUUAUUGUGUUGGAAAAGCAGCAAGAGAAGCUUAUUUUAAACAGUUAGCAAAUGAAUUAAUCACCACAAAACAGUCGAAAACAAAAUAUCGAAUAUUAAACUAUGCACCAGGACCAUUGGAUACAGAAAUGUUUCGUCAGCUACAACAAGAAUCAACACUUCAAAAACAAUUUCAAGAGACAAUACCGCUCAAGCCAGAAGAUUCAGCAAAUAAAUUGCUACAGAUUUUGUAUAAAGAUGAAUUUGCCGAUGCUGCUCAUGUCGAUUAUUAUGAUUGAUUGAUUGAAUUUAUU